GUGUACGACGAAAGGGUUUUUGGGGUUCAGUCCUUUUCUCCGUCCGUUUGCAAUCUCCACAGGCAGCGCAACCUCCCUUUCUAUUUCAUUUCCCCGACGAGGGAGGAGAAGGCUAGGUUUUCCCCAUUUUAAAAGAAACGGCGGCACCAACUCAAGAAGAAGGAAGAACACGAAAAGAAAUUUCGGAAGGAAUUUCCAGGUAGAUGGCUAGAUGGGAUGAGAUUCUGUCCCUUCCUGUUCAGAGUCCACCAACACUGGAGUUUUCUUCUGCUGAUAUUGUGUGGUCAAAGGUGGAAGGUUGGCGUGACAAUAAAGAUAGAGUUGCUCUAAUUCCAUUUGCUAGAGUUGAUGAUUUUUUGAGGGGUGAAUCAGCGAACAAAGAAUGUCCAACAAGAUUUCAUGUUGAAGCAAGGAGGCGGCGGCAGGCAAAGACGCCUUACAAACCAAAGGUUGAUGGUGUUCUUGAAUAUAUUCUAUAUUGGUGUUCCUUUGGUCCUGAUGACCAUAGGAAGGGUGGGGUUGUACGACCUAGCAGGACUACUUAUCUCCCAAAGAAGAAAAAUGCUGGUCGACCAAACACCAAGAGAGGAUGUACCUGCCACUUUAUCGUGAAACGCUUAAUUGCUGAACCCUCAGUGGCGCUUGUCAUAUAUAAUCAGGAUAAGCAUGUGGAUAAGAAAGGGGCGCCAUGUCAUGGCCCGCAAGACAAGAUGGCUGCUGGAACGCGUGCUAUGUUUGCCCCAUACAUCUCUGAGGACCUACGUCUUCGUGUGCUAUCUUUGCUAUAUGUGGGGGUCUCUGUGGAGACUAUAAUGCAGAGACACAAUGAAUCAGUAGAGAAACAGGGCGGUCCAUCUAAUCGUGAUGAUCUUUUAACCCAUAGGUACGUUCGGAGACAGGAGAGGAUCAUUCGACGUUCUAGAUAUGAAUUGGAUGCAGAUGAUGCGGUUAGCAUUAGCAUGUGGGUGGAAAACCAUCAGAGUAAUGUUUUCUACUAUGAGGAUUUCUCUGAUGUGGACCCUUUCACUUUGGGAAUUCAAACAGAUUGGCAGUUGCAACAGAUGAUUCGCUUUGGAAAUCGUAGCCUUCUAGCUUCAGAUUCAAGGUUUGGAACAAACAAAUUGAAGUAUUCAGUUCACAGUCUCCUUGUAUUUAACGACGACAACAAGGCCAUUCCAGUAGCUUGGAUAGUGGCUCCAAAGUUCGAAAGUUCCAAUGCCCAUAAAUGGAUGAGGGCUCUUUACAAUAGAGUUCAAACGAAAGAUCCUGCAUGGAAGUUGGCUGGGUUCAUAGUGGAUGAUCCGCUAGCUGAUGUGCUCACUAUCAGGGAUGUAUUUCAGUGCUCGGUGUUGAUAAGCUUUUGGCGCGUUCGUCAUGCAUGGCAUAAAAACUUAGUAAAGAAAUGUGUGGACAAUGAGAUGCGAGCUACAAUAUCAAGAAGGUUUCAUCAGGCAAUGGAUAACAUUUGUCAGCAACGAGGAACUGAGGGUUUGUUUGAGGACUUCAUAGAAGAUUUUCUAGAUGAAUCAGAUUUUAUGGAUUACUUUAAGGCAACCUGGUAUCCUAGAAUAGGGAUGUGGAUCUCUGCUCUACAAAAUCUUCCUCUUGCUAGCCAGGAAACCUGUGCAGCAAUGGAGUUCUACCACAACCAACUAAAGCUUAGGUUGCUGAACGAGAAGAAACCUAGUGUGUACACACGAGUUGAUUGGUUGGUUGAUAAGCUGGGUACAAAAGUACAUUCCUACUUCUGGCUUGAUGAAUAUUCUGAGAAGGAUGAUUUUGCUCGAUAUUGGAAAGAUGAAUGGGUGAGUGGUUUAACAUCUUGGCGUAAAGCAUUGAAGAUUCCAGACUCCAAUGUAGUCAUGGAAGGUACAUGUGCAAAAGUUAUUAACCAGCUUGAUCAAGAUAAGGCUUAUCUUGUUUGGAACCCUGGUUCACAGUUCGGUAUUUGCAACUGCAGUUGGGCAGAAAUGGGCAACCUGUGCGAGCAUGUACUGAAAGUUAUCAGUGUCUGUCGGAAAAAGUCGGCUAUGCCAUCUAUAAGCCUAUUGCAGUACCACCAGGCCUUGAUUGAUAUGCUGCACUGCCCACCUCAUGAUUCUUUGAUUCGUGAUCAUGCUGUUUCUUUAGCCGUCUUUGUACAGAAUCAAUUAAAUGGACUAGUUAAUUUGGAAAGCUGCAAUACCACAAUGGAUGUGACAUCUUUUGCUGAUCAAGAUCGAGAAUUAGUAAAUGAGGAAGUAGUAUCUUAUAACGAGAAUAAUUGUGGGGAUGAACAUGUCACUGCUGAGAGAACCAAGGGUAAAUUGGGUACUGAACAGAGUAAUCAGGUAGCAUGUGGAAAUGGCAUAUGUAAUGAGAGUUGUGGAGAAGAAGUAUCUUGUGAUGAGAUGGAUGUUGACCCAUCAUCCAUCUGUAUUUCCCCACCUGGGUUAUAUUCUGUUGAUGAGGUUGUGUCUAGCAGUGUCUUCUCGGGAAGCAGACAAAGGUCAUUGUUUAACGCAGAGACUGAAGAUUUAGCUUCCGCAGAUGAUGCUCUCACUAAUACAACUGGAUAUGAGGAUGAUAUCUUAAAUAGAAAUAGGCAAGAAAAUGCGAUGGAUGAGGACAUUGAUAUCCCUUCUUCAACAAUGGAGUUUGUGGAGCAAUGCACAGUAACCCAUCCGGAUGAUGACCACAUCCAUGAUAUUGAACCCACUGUUAUUUGCAAGACAUGUGAUGACAAUACUGUAUAUAACAAGAUCUCCCCAUCUGCAUCCAUUCCUGUUGAAUCACAAGUGGUUGAAGUAGCUGAAACUUCAGGUGUCAUAACAGGAAAUGAACGAAUGGAAACUGAAGGAAAAAAUGGAAUGGAGUUUGCAGAACAAUGCACAGUAACCGAUCCAAAUGAUCUCCACUGCAAUGAUAUUGAGCCCACUGUUAGAGCAUCUAAUAACAAUAUCGUAGAUAGCAAGACUUUGCCAUCUGCAUCUGUGCCUGUUGAAUCACAAGUGGUUGAAGUGUCUGAAGCUUCAGAAAGUGAUAGAACAGAAAUUGAAAGCAAGAAUGGAAGCACAAGUAAUCACCAAUCAUCAGUUGAUGAUGCUAUCACAAUUGAUGGGGUUUGUGACAACUUGAUAAAUGGUUCUGAUUGUAGUCAGUAUUCAAAUGCAGUUGGCACUUUGAUGGUUGUACCAGGAGAAUCAUUGCUUAAAUGCUCAUCAACAUCAAGUUACAACGACGAACGUCUGCCUGUUGAGAAUGGGGAUACUGAAACUGUUUCUUCUGAGAAGCCGUCUUUAAUUACUGAAUCUCAUCUUACUAGGACUAAACUUCAAAACGGUGCUGAAAGCAUUAACAGUAACAAUGGGGUGAUCAGCCAACCAGUUGCCAAAGGCAUCAAUACUACUUCUGCUGAGGGAACGACUUCAAUGGAGACUGCUGAUGCCUUUUGACGAGUAUGGCAUCCAACAAACUUGUGACAGAUGAGCUAAAAUAUUAGUGCUUUAGUUAGCUGUAGGGUUUUCUUCAUGUAUAUACUCUUCAAUAGAUCCAAUUGAAGCUUUUUUGUUCGUUGACCUGAUUUGUUGUACCAAGUUAUAUGGCUGCUAACUUACAAUUGAGCUUUACAACAUUUCAAGGAAACUUUGAAAGCCAAGAUAUCUUGGCCCAGUGGAAGUAGUAAAUGUAUCUCUUUAUAUUAUUUUUGUGAAGGAAUGGCAUUUA